AUGGACAAAAAGCGUUGUUAUGACUUUGGUAAUGCCGCUGAUGUAGAUCAGCUAAAUCGCUUAGUUUUUGAAGAAAUUGAUGAAAAUGUGACUUUACCGGAUGACGAUUUCAAAGAAUCACAUGAUUCAGAAACUGAAGAUAACAUUAAACAGAGACCUGUUGACUCUGAUACGGAUCAUGACAUGGACAAUGAUGAUGAAAAUGAGGAUGAUGAAGAUCAAGAAGCUGGUUAUUAUAUCGAUCAGGUAAAUCGCUUAGUUUUUGAAGAAAUUGAUGAAAAUGUGACUUUACCGGAUGACGAUUUCAAAGAAUCACAUGAUUCAGAAACUGAAGAUAACAUUAAACAGAGACCUGUUGACUCUGAUACGGAUCAUGACAUGGACAAUGAUGAUGAAAAUGAGGAUGAUGAAGAUCAAGAAGCUGGUUAUUAUAUCG